AUGGCAUGCUCUAUUGGAGAUAUUUUGCAAGAAGAAUGUCAUCUAAAAACAUAUGCAGGUUAUUCUGAAAUUAUAGAAGAUAUACUUAACACUGAUAAACUAAUCCUGAGUAUAAGAAUAGGAACUGCAUUAAAGAAUAUUGUAACAGUGUGUACUCACCAUUCUUUGAAAUAUGGGAAAUACUUUGCAUCAAGCUUUUCUGUAUCUAAAUGCUGUGAUCCCUUUCACAUCCACAAGAAGGCAAAGAAAUCUAAUCUAACAUUGAUCACACUAGAGCACUAUAAUUUAAACAAUACAUUAAUUCCAGGUAAAAGUAUUUGUUUCCCUUGCAUUAAAAAGUUGAGACAGCCAUCAAACUCUGAUUAUGAUUCAAAUAUGAGUACUGAUCCAGAUUAUGUUCCAGAAUCUUCUAAAAAAUUGAUAGCUGAGCAACUUAAUCAAAGCCUUAUUGUCACUGGAUUCUCACCUAUUAAAGUUGCACACUUGAGCACUGACCAGGUAGAAAAAAAAUUGAAAAGAAAAAUGUCGGACCUCAACAAAUCACUUGAGAUUGAAAGCACUGUAAGUAAAGAUGGUGACCAAGCUGCUAGGUCAUUAGAUUAUUUGGUUUCAAAAGUUAAAGAAAAGUUUGACAAAGAGUCUACUGUUCAAUUAAAAAUAAAACUUCUAACACUGGUACCACAACAUUGGACUAUUUAA